AAACAUCAAAGCCAAGCAAGAAAUAAUCAAUAAAAAUAUAUCAUGAAGAUCUUCCUCACCCUUGCCUUCCUUGCCAUGGUGGCAACCAUGGCCAACGCCACUGUACAACUUGACCCUAGCGGCCAAGAUCAGCCAUUUCCGCAACCACAACAACCAUUUCCACAACCACACCAACCAUUUCCGCAACCACAACCACAACAACCAUUUCCACAACCACAACAACCAUUUCCGCAACCAGAAUAUCAGCCACAACAGCCAUUUCCGCAGCCACAACAACCAUUUCCACAACCACUACAACCAUUUCCGCAACCGCAACAACCAUUUUCGCAACCACAACAACCGUUUCCGCAACCUCAACAACCGUUCCCGCAACCCCAACAAUGGUUCCCGCAACCAGAACAAUCAUUUGCGCAACCAGAACAACCAUUUCCACAACCCCAACAACCGUUCCCGCAACCCCAACAACCGUUCCCACAGCCAGAACAACCAUUUCCGCAACAAGAACAAUUGUUUCCGCAGGGACAACAAUAUCCCAAGCAGCAACAACCAUGGCUGCAGCAACAACUCCAGCUAGUUCUGCAACAACAAUUGAACCAGUGCCAAGAGUUCCUCGCGCAGCAGUGCAAACCAUUGGCGAUAGUUCCGUUCCUCCGGUCAUGGAUCUUGCAACAGAGCAGCUGCCAGGUGAUGCGACAACAAUGUUGCCAGCAGCUGGCGCAGAUGCCCAAGAACCUUCGGUACCCUGCCAUACAUAGCAUCGUGCACGCCAUCAUCGUGCAGCAGCAGCAACAACAACAACCCUUCCAGCCUCAGCCACAACAAGUGGGCCAGGGUUUCAUCCCACCUCAGCAGCUAGCUCAGUUCCAGGCGAUGAGGACGUAUGCGUUGCAAACCUUGCCGGCGAUGUGCAAUGUGCAGGUCCCGCUGUACUAUUCCACCGCCCCAUUCGACAUCAUCGGUGGCUUUUGAGAAGACUACAAGAGCUCUAGUACUACAUAGUUGGAUCAUCGUUAUUUCGUCAAUGAACCAAUCGAUGUAACGGUGACAAAUAAAGUGGCAUGCACUAAAAUGUGUGACACCCGGCCACUACUAGUCCAAACUUGGGAAUAAAAGACAAACAUUGUUCUUGUCUGCAUAA